UGUCAAAAUAAAUAUGGCAGUCGUGCCUCUAAGGGGCGAAAUGUCAAAGUGCGGAAUUUUUCUUUAAAAAAAAUCAAAUUUCUUGUGUGAUUUGUGUUGUUUUUUAAGUACCCUUUUUAGGGUGCAGUCCCUCUUUGCGUUACAAAAUGUCUGUACGCGCUGUUGGCAGCCGCUUAUUUAAGCAUGGUAGAAGUCUUAUCCAACAAUUUUGUAAAAGAGAUCUUAAUACCACAAUUGGCGACAAAAUAAAUGCCGUUUCACAAGCAACAGCAGCCCCGUCUUCGUUUCCCAAAACCCAAAUACCUAAGAAUUUUGCGCUGAGAAAUGUGGGGGUCCAAUUGGGGCUGCAGGCAAGGCGAAUUUUGAUCGAUAAUGUGCUUAACAGAGUCACUAACAGUCUCUCGGCCGAGUUAAGGAAGAAAGCCACCAGAAGGAUCUUAUUCGGUGACUCUGCCCCCUUUUUUGCUCUUGUGGGCGUGAGCAUAGCUUCCGGUACUGGAAUUCUUACCAAAGAAGAGGAACUCGAAGGUGUUUGUUGGGAAAUUCGCGAAGCCAUCUCGAAAAUAAAAUGGCAGUAUUACGACAUCGACGAAAGCCGAUUCGAUUCGAAUCCGAUCACUUUGAACGACCUCUCAUUGGGCAAACCCAUUGCAAAAGGCACCAAUGGCGUGGUUUAUUCAGCGAAAGUAAAAGACAAUGAAACCGACGACACCAAAUACCCGUAUGCUCUGAAAAUGAUGUUCAAUUACGACAUCCAAUCCAAUUCGAUGGAAAUUCUUAAGGCCAUGUAUAGAGAAACAGUUCCCGCGAGGUUGUAUUACAGUAACCACGAAUUGAACAAUUGGGAAAUCGAAAUGGCCAAUCGGCGAAAACAUCUGCCACCACAUCCUAACAUCGUUGCCAUAUUUUCCGUUUUCACUGAUUAUAUUCAGGAAUUGGAGGACAGUAAGGAUUUGUACCCUGCGGCUUUACCACCGCGACUCCAUCCCGAGGGCGAAGGCCGAAACAUGUCGCUUUUCCUCCUCAUGAAACGCUACGAUUGCAAUUUGCAGAGUUUUCUCUCCACAGCGCCGUCUACUCGAACAUCGCUCCUCCUACUUGCUCAGUUGUUGGAAGGCGUGGCACAUUUGACAGCUCACGGCAUAGCUCACCGCGAUCUAAAAUCCGACAACUUGUUAUUAGACACGAGCGAACCAGAAAGCCCCAUUUUGGUCAUCAGCGAUUUUGGAUGCUGUCUCGCUGAUAAAACCAACGGCUUGUCACUCCCUUACACGAGCUAUGAAAUGGAUAAAGGUGGCAAUACUGCACUGAUGGCCCCCGAAAUCAUUUGUCAAAAACCGGGCACUUUUAGCGUCUUAAAUUAUUCGAAGGCCGACCUGUGGGCCGUGGGGGCCAUAGCUUACGAGAUUUUCAACUGUCAUAACCCUUUUUAUGGUCCAAGUCGGUUGAAAAAUUUCAGUUAUAAGGAUGAGGAUUUACCGAAAUUGCCCGAGAAGGUGCCAACUAUAAUUCAAGCUUUGGUGGCCAACCUUUUGAAGCGCAAUCCCAAUAAGCGUCUCGAUCCGGAAGUUGCGGCCAACGUUUGUCAGUUGUUUUUGUGGGCACCUAGCACGUGGUUAAAGCCGGACUUGAAGGUACCGACAAGUGCCGAGAUUCUGCAGUGGUUGUUGAGUUUGACAACAAAAGUCUUGUGUGAGGGCAAAAUCAAUAAUAAGAGUUUUGGGGAGAAAUUUACAAGGAAUGGGAGGAGGACGUAUCCGGAGUAUUUGUUAAUUUCUAGUUUUUUGUGUAGAGCUAAGUUAGCAAAUGUUAGAUCUGCGCUUCACUGGAUUCAGGAGAAUCUUCCCGAAAUUGAUUAAAUUUAAGAUUAUUUAUUAUUAUACGAGUAAGGUCAAGGGCUAUUUGAGACUGUUAUUAGAUUGUGAUUAUGGUUAGUGUUUUUUUCUAUAGAUUUAGUUUUAUAGAAAUAAAAACACUUGAUUUGUAUAUUACUGUUAUUGCUCACUGAAAUAUAUAUUUGGGUUUAAAAAAA